GCGGUCACGUCAGCUGUUUGGCCGUUCUGUCUACGCGCGCAUGGCAAAUUCUGCAUCGAAGUCGUCGUCGUCGUCGUUUUGCAUACAUACAUAUACUGCACACAUCCGCAAGCAGUUCCCGGGUCGCGCGCCGAACCAACGGCGUUGGCUGGCUUAUUCUGCCGCAUCGCAGCAGCAGUACGCGGGCCAGUCAUCGUUGCGCCCGCAGAGGCACAGUCGAUCCGCGUCCUCGUUUUUCGACAAUUGCGCCCAAACGAGCAUACGCGACGAGUGAAAGACUGCGGCAGACGCUCAUAUAGCCGCAUCGUACGAUUGUUUACACGCGUAUUACAUGUAAAUCAUCUCGGAUAAUACAUGCGACGGUCGGCAAUCAGCCAGCGAAAGCCGCAGACGAAAAGAAAAUAUAAACAAAAAUGCCAUUGCUAGGCCAAUGUGUGAGUCGCGCUCCGACUUCCGCGCAACCAGAGUCAGCAGCAGCAAGCACGCUCUUUAAUAUCCUGAUUGUUAGUUAACGAUAGCACGCACCGUUACCGUAAUCGGCGUUAAUACUUCUCAUUGAAGUAAAUGGCCGUAACAUGUUCUUCUGCUGCGCGAAAAAAAGUGCGUAACUAUAAGUGUGCCUGUGCUGUAAAUUUAAGUGCGUCUAUGUGAGUUUUCACCUGUGUGCGUCUCGCUCUUUGGGCACGUGGAGCUUUGCCGUGCGAAUCUCCGAUCAUAUUUUUUGUUACAAAAGUAGUGUCAGUUUGUAUAGUGUGUGAAUACGUGCUUAUAAAUCCUAUACAUGACAUGGCAGCCGGUGGUGCCUCAUCCUGCUAUCGACGAGGAGCUAUGCUCACGCUGGGCUUAGCUGAACGUUCGGCUAACACGAUUAGUGGUUCCUCUUCACUUGGCGCACAUCUGAGGAUCGUCGUCGUGCCAGCAACUUCGGCCACUCCAUUCAGAACUAUCGGCACAUUAUGUCGCAGCGAAACUUGGUGCAGACGGUGGUGGAACAUCUCUCGGAAAAAUUUGUUGAAUAAUCUCAGAAAUUAUUCUCCAUGUUUAAGCCCUGUGAUAUCCAAAGAGCAACAUCAAUCUAAAGAGUCGCACGAGUUAAAAGAGAAUAAAAGUGCUAGUGGAUCAAAAGAGUCGAAAGAAACUAAGGAUGGUAAAAAAGGAAAGGAUACAAAAUCGUCGAAAAAACAAACGAAAGAAAAGGGUGGCUCGAUUAUCCCACCAGGUAAAAAGAAGAUUGUGAUUGCUAAACGCGUAACAUCAUCCUCAUCUACUCGAAAUGCUGCAACGGUCGGACCACCAUUACGGGAAUCGGAUAACGUAGUAAUCAAGCUUGAUAAUUUUAUCACAUAUGAAAAAUAUGUCACAGUGGAAUACGUUAGAGGGCUGCCGAGAAUUACUAUGCCACUGCCAUCGAGACUGGAAAAGUGUCAGUUUACGCUACGACCAAUUACACAAACAGUCAGUGAUUUUCUCAAUAUGAUUCAACAAGAGGAUCCUGCUGUAAUGCAAAUCAGUGUAACGAGCCUUGACGGAGUAAGAUUAAGUGGUACUAACAGAAUAGAGACGCUUCUAUUGGACGAUUUUAAUCUAUUGAUAAAUGAUAAACUGUACCUAGUAUCGCCUCCCCCGCAUGUAGAAGCACCUAAGGAGAAUUUACGUCAAAUGCAAGAUUUGCGAGCAAUGGUUUGUCAACUUUAUGAAGCUUUCAAUGCUCGAGAACAUCAAGCUGAAAUGGAACGCGAUGUCAUGCUACAACUAGAAGAAGUAAAAGCCGAGCUUGAACCACUAGAGCAGUUACGUCUUGAUUUGGAAGUAUCUGCUGCUCGAAGAUCUCAGUGGGCCUCAUGGGGUUGCCUGGUACUUAUGUCAAUACAAUUUGGUGCUCUAGCUCGGCUUACUUGGUGGGAAUACUCAUGGGAUAUUAUGGAACCAGUCACGUACUUUGUUACCUACGCAACAGCCAUGGGCUGUUAUAUUUAUUUUCUAUUAACGAGACAGGAACAGGAAUAUUUCCUGCCGGAAGUGUUUCGACGGGAGCACCUGAUUGGAUUUCACAAAAAAGCAAAGAAACUGGGCUUCGAUCUCGAACACUACAACAGGCUCAAAGAUGAAGCUUACGAGCUCGAAACAAUGUUAAAAAUUAUUCGUGGCCCACUACAUAUUCAUCAAUGUCUUGUCGAACAAAAACGUCGUGAACGGCUCGAGCAAUGUCGUUCAAGCAGUAGCAGCAGUAGUAGCAGUUCCUCGUCGUCACGUUCUAAGAGCACAAGUCCUUCACCCGAGCGAGUAUCGCAAAAAGAUAAAGUCGAUAGUAAUAGUAAAAAACCACCUUCGGCUGUGAUUAAUUAAAAAUAUUUUGACGUUGAAAUUUAACUUAUUAUUAUUAUCAUUUUUAUUAAAAUUAUUAUUCGUAGUAUUAAAUGUUUGAAAAUUAGUAUUCUGUUUUAUUGAUGAAUAUUCAAUUGGGCUUAACUGUAUCAUAUGUAUAAUUUUCUGUAUUAGACGAUUUUUCUUGAUUCAUUCAUGUAACUGUGACAAUAUGUAUUGAAAUGUUCAAUUUGUUAGUAAUAUUUGGUAAAGUAAGACGUUUUUAUAAAUCUUCUAAGCUCAGUUGUUAAAACAGAUUUGAUGAAAAAGUACAACAUUUUACUAUUGAAAUUGAAAUUACCGAGCAAGUACAGUGUACUUAAAGAUGUGCUAUAGAAAGAUUAGCAAGGAAAAUAUAUAAUUAUAUAUAUAAAAUACAAGGACAGUUCCUCAACUGAAAUUUUAAUACUGCAGUUUAUACCUAAACUGAUUAGUUGUUAUACUGGUUAGUUGUUGAUUUGCUAAUAAUUUAUGUUGAAGUUGGAAAAUAUUAAAUCACUACUUAAUUAGGUAGCAUUGAAUCCUUGAAUACUGUAUGUGUCUGAAUGUAUAAUCUCACUAAUUUUAAUUUUAUAAAAAAUUAAUCUAUACAAUACUUGUAGCAAAGAUAUUAAUUAUUUGAACCAAAAUAUUGUAUAAUGUUGUCUCAUUGCAAGAUUGGGGAGAGAAUGUAUACAAUAUCUAUUAAUUAGACAUAGAUUUAUAAAUAACAUCUCUAUUUAUUUGUCAUUGCUACAUUAAAAUACUCUUGUAAAAUGUUGUGUAUAAUGAAUAUUGAUAUUUCAUUUAAAGUUGAAAAAAUUGAGUUAAUAAUUUGAAACCAGCAAUCUAAUAAUUUUGUAUAAUACAGUAAAUAUGAUUAAUUAUAAUAUCGUUUUCGUCAACUAUGUAUCUUGACAUUUUUUUGUGUGCUAUAUUAACUUUAUUACUAAUUAAAUAUAAGUUUGAAACUAAUUAGUGCAUUACAUUAAUUAUAAAAAAUCUUUAAUGCAAGAAAAUACUAAAGCGGCAUAGAAAAUAAUUGCAAAGAAACCCGAAUUAAGUUUAAAAGCAAGUUUUUAUUAUUAAUUUAGUUUUUCUAACAUAAGUAAAAUAGUUAUAAGUGUGUCUUUUUGUAUCUCAAUGACAGCUGCACUUACAUACUGUUUGAGCAAAGUAAUAAAAUAUAUUUAUCUAAUAAUCAGUUUCAACCAUUUAAGUUCAGUGCAGCAUUUCAGUGAGAUGAAAUUUUGUAUGUACAUGGAAUGUAUGUACAUGAAAAAUAUUAGAGUCUUUGAAGCUUAUAUUCAAUGAUAAUGGUGCUUAUAAAAUUAAAUACAAUUUUUCUUGUCAUAAACUGAACCUGUCUUCUAUGAAAAUAAUGAAUAUCUAAGACAUAAAGUCGUGAAGUGGAUAAUUCAAAUAAUAGAAAAAUGUGCAUGUAUAUGAACUUAUCAAAAUAUUAUAUAUCAUAAGAUAUUUGACAUUUUCAUCAGUUUCUACUUUUUAAUCAAUUUACAAAAAGUAUGUUUAAUUGUUUCUGACCAUUUCUCUCUUGAACUGAAUCGAUAUAUUAAAUAAUUACAGCAGAUCAUAAAAAGAAUUACUUAUUAAUUCAAAUGCGACCUUCUGGCCUAAUUAAUGGUGAAAAAAUUGUCUGAAUCACGAAUUUUCUCAAUAUAUUUAAAACAACUUCUUCUGAUAAUACAGGAAAAACCAUAUUGUACAAUUUUUCAGCAACGUGAUAAAAUUUAAUUUACUAGAGAAAAAAAAAUUUAUUGGAAUUUAAAUUUUACAGAAAAAUUUCAUCAGAAUCUCUACUUUCUCUCUAUUGUUAAGAAUUAUUAAAGAUUUAAAUUUAAUAAUUUAAUUUAAUUUAAUUAUUAUUGAAAAAUGAUUGAUAAAGUGAAAGUUGAUUCCAUUUUACAUAUUUCAGUUCAGUCUCAAAGACAAUUUUUUUUGUGUUAUUACCCUAAUUUUAAGAUUUAAACAAUAAUCUCAAUUUUUGAUUUUAAGGUGCAUAAAAUCUAUAAAAAAUAGCACAAUUUGUCUACCUAAGAUUAGUAAAUAUAAUGAAUAAUUUAUUCUUACAAAUUGUAAUCUAAUGUCAUGAGCUUAAACAAACACUAAAAGCUCAUAUGUAUUACUGCUUCCAAAAUAUAAAACAUUUUUUAAUGAAAAUUAUCUUGUUACAGUUGAAAAUACUAAACAUUUGAAGUAUGCAAAGAGGCUUCCUUAGAUAAUUUACUGAAAGUACAAUUUUUGAAUUAGUAUGCUGCAAUUUAAAAUUGUAGCUUUCUUAGAUCUAGUUUACAAUAAGUAAUUUUACAACGCUUUUGCACGCAUUAGAUAAAAAACUUUUCCUAGAAUUUUUUAAUUCUUUGAAAACAAUCAAUAAUAACUUUAUUAAAUAAUAUGAUAAGUAAUCACAAAGCCUAAAAACCAACUAUAAAAGCCUUAGAAAAUGUUUAGUAAACUAUAAAAGCUUGUACAAAUUAUAAAACCUUUUUAAAUUAAUUUUCAAUUUUUUCCUCAUUACAUAGGUUAAAUUAGAAAUUCACUGAAGCUUCAUCCGUCCACUGAGUGGGUUAUUAAAUUGUUCAUAGUAAAAAAAAAAAUAUUCAAACAUAAACCUUAGAUAAUUUAAAUUAUUAGAAUUAAUAAUUCUUUUAACUUAAAAAGUGUUAACAAUUAAAGUACAAUUUCUGCACUGUCAAUAUUAAAAAUAAUGAUUAAUUUCACUAAAACUUCUAGUUAUAUAAAACUAAAAAAUCUCACUAUUUAAUAUAAGGUAAAAAAUUUUACUAAUUUUAAACUAUAUUCAUUCGACUUUACUGCUAAAAUUAUAUGAACUACUAAACCCUUCAAUUUAGACUACUCAAUAUACUUAAUUACAAAUUGAAUAAUUGAUUUGUUAAGUAAUAAAUUUUAUAAAGAAAUUCUCAACAAUCAAACUUAUAAAUCAAGUGCCAAUCUUGAAUUUAGGAAAUUUUUCUUUCACAAUUAUAACUAACUUUGCUUCACAUAACCAUUCUCAAUUGUCUAUUUUAUCAUAUUUUUAAAUUAAAAUUUUUUAUUCUACCUCAAAUUUCCUUCAUAAAGGAUAUGCUCUGCUCUUAAGCUCUUAAUUCUUUUUAAAAAUUGUAUAAGUUUUUUCAUUUACUUUGCUGAAAGUAAAAAAAAUUUAAUUUUAAUUAAAAAUUAGUUCGGUAUUGUACUAUGUAUUUUAUGCAUUUUACAAAUACAAUUACUGAUUUUUUAGCAACUGAUUGCUUUAGGUGAACCAAGAAAUGACCAUGAAUUUUACUUAAGUGUGAAAUGCUUAAAGUAAUAAUUGAACCUUUAUAAUAAUCACAGAAAUUCAAAAUACGUAAAUCAAUGGUACUUUUGUAUGAUGUAAAGUUUAAACAAAAAACUUUGUAUUGAGAGAAUUUCAGCUUAUUAAAUUUAAAUUUUUUUCGUCGAUUUGAAUUUACAAUUGUACUUUUAAAUUAAUUUGGUACAACAAUGAUGUUCGAAAUGUUAUUAUAAAUGUAAUGCAUGUAAAUAAUUUUAAAUAAAUGCAGU